AUGUGCACCUUCAUCCAUCAGCAGGGCCAACCUACCAAGUGCCUCGAGAGAGUCGUAGAGACGAACUGCUUCGCUGAAAAGAUGUUUUGCCCGGCUUGCGUCGGCUCCUUGUCCGGCAAUUCCGCGCUGAUACAGGAUACCCAGUCGCAGCAUUGCGCUCUCAUUAGGGCGGACCUUGAUAAGCUUCUCAUAUAA